AUGGAGAAAAAAGGAUGGAGACAGAACGCCGCGGUCCGCACGCGAGGGGGAAAGUGCAGGCUGACCGCCGGCCCGGAAGACCCCAGCGCGCUGCGCCCUCCCAUCGACUCCACGGGCACAAAGCAGCAGACCCGGUUGCGCGCGCGCCUUCCCCCGAGCGCUGCCGGGCUCCCGCGGGGAACAGGUGACUGCGGCGCGCGUGGGUGGGGCGGGCGGGGGCUGGCGCCAGGUUCCUCCCGGCGGCCCCUCCCGACUCCUCCCUGCGGCUUCCCCCGCUGCCCAGGAUCCCUCCGCCCGCGGUCCACCCUUCCGCGCCAAGUAGUGCGCCCCCAGCCCCCGCGGCUUCCGCACACGGGGACCCGCGGGGACGAGUCCACGGCCGCGCGCGACAAGGAGCGGCGCGGGGACGGCCGGGGCCGCGGGAGUUGCGAGGUUUUCCCGGCGAGGCAGCGGCGGGCUCCCGAAGGCCAGGGAGAGAGCGCGGUAGGUCCCGCGGGACCCCGGCUCCUGCCGCCGCGAGCGGGCCGGGCGUGUGCGGCCGAGGCGGAGUUGCCCGGGAAGCCGCGCGGGGCCGGCGGCCAGCCGCGGAGGCAGGUGUCCCGAGGCCCGCCCCGCCCCCACCGCCGCAGGCAGGAAGAGGAAGGAGCCACGGCUGGGUUUCGCGGGCGGGGGCGCCCUGCUCGGGGAGCGCGUGACCUAGUUCGCCCUAAAGUGGAUUUGACAGGUUUUUGAAAUGGAAAAUUAGCUGGAAUGCCCAGAUCAACCCAGACCUAGGAUCAAGAUGGAGUUUCUUAAAAGUACCAAGUGAGACAGCAGUGACAAAGUCGAUUAUCCCAGCAAUAUAAUCAGCUUUGCCUGGGGAAUCUACUUCUACUUUGUUUAUGCAAUGAGGUCUCAAUUUGUUGCCCAGGCUGGGGUGCAGUGGCGCUGUCUUGAGUAGCUGGGACCACAGGAAAGGAACAGAACCUGAUGGAGAGGAACAGGAAAUGAAGAAGUCGAGAACUGGAAAGGAACUCUGAAAAGAACCGUUCUGUUCCUUCAUGUUGUUUUUAUUUAAAGAAAUGGAAUCGAGUUCCAAACAUGGAAUAAAGGCAGACAUUCA